AUGGUGGCUCGUUCGCGUGAUUAUGAGCCUCUCAGGGUCGACGACCAGGGCGAGAUUGAUUCUCCUCGAUCUUCUACUUCGUCGAUUCUUGAGAAGUUCACCGGCCAUGGGCGCUCGGAGAGUGAUGCCGAACGACAAUGGCGCGGCGAAAGUGAGUUUGACUAUGGCUCUGAACCUCGUCCUAAGAAGGUCAAGAGAUCUCGUUUAAUCGUAUUGGCAGUACUCAGUGUUAUCACUUUAGUGUUGUUUGUAUCAACAUCAGUUUCGUAUAUCAAGUCGUCUCCUAGUGGAUCAUUCCGUCAAACUACCUUCAGCGGCACAGUUGACAUUGCUACGGGCAAGAAGCUUUUGACUUUAGAGGAAUUGAGAACUGGAGCUUAUGCUGCCAAUCAUCAGUCUAUUAGUUGGAUUGAGCCAAUUCCUUCUGCUAAAGAGAACCUAGGUGAUUUCGUCCUUCAAAAGGAUAAUAAGUUCUUGUUGAGCCACUGGGCCAAUCGAAGCGAUGAAAAGCUGAUUGUCGAGAAUGUUGUUGAAAUUGAGGGUACACCACGUGCUAUUAACUCGGUCACUCUGAAUCGUGAUCAGACUAAAGCUAUUUUGUCGACUGACCGAAAGAAGAACUGGAGACACUCGUCAUUCUCGUUAUUCUGGGUUCUGGAUCUUGAAACUAGAGAAAUCACCCCAGUAAAUACAAAGGACUCUUCUCGUCCCAUUGCCCUUGCUGAAUGGUCUCCACGUGGUGACCGUAUUGCAUUCGUUGCUGAUAACAACAUCUUCUUGCGAUAUGUAGGUGGUGAAGAUGAUGGAACUGUCAAACAAAUCACUACUGACGGUGGUGAUGAGAUCUUCUACGGUCGUCCCGAUUGGGUUUAUGAAGAAGAGGUGUUUAGUGGUUCUAAGGCUUUGUGGUGGUCCUUGAAUGGUGAAUACUUAGCGUUUUUGCGAACGAACGAUACUGAAGUUCCUGAGUUCCCAAUUCCAUAUUUCGUUCAACAUGGCGACGAUGGUUCAGAUCCUUAUCCUGAGCUUGUGAACUUGAAGUAUCCUAAGCCUGGUUUCCCCAAUCCCAUUGUUAACAUCUUGUUCCUAGAGAUUAGCACUGAGGAAUACUAUGCAGUUCCCGUUGAAGAGAAUCCUGCUAUUGAUAAUCUCAUUACCGAGGUUUUGUGGACAGAUAAUUCCAAGGUGAUUUUGAGAGUAACUUCACGUGAAAGUGAUAUCCUGAAAAUCUCGGUAGUUGAUGCCAAGACUCGAACUGGUAAGAUAGUUCGUAGUUCGGAUGAAACUGGUGACGAUGGUGGUUGGUUUGAGGUUUCUCAAGAUACUGUUUUUAUUCCUGCCGACCCUGAAAAUGGUCGUCCUGAAGAGGGUUAUAUUGAUACUAUUUUCGUUGAUGGAUAUAAUCAUCUGGCUUUCUUUUCACCUGUUGACUCCUCUGAACCCAAGACCAUUCUUACUCGUGGCGAAUGGGAAGUUACUGAUGUAUCCAGUGUGGACCUGAAGAAUAACAAAGUUUACUUUUUGUCUACCAAAAAAUCUGCUGUGGAGAGACAGCUCUACAGUGUUAACCUUGAUGGAACUGGAUUGACCUCUGUCAGUGACGAUUCUCAAGAUGGAUAUUACCGUGCUUCUUUCUCUGCCGAUAGUAGAUAUGUGCUUCUCUCAUACGAUGGUCCCGAGGUGCCGUGGCAAAAGGUGGUUGACUUGCACUCAGAAAGCCCAUUGAGUCAUGCUGAAACUAUCGAGUCCAAUUCUGGUCUCCGCGACCGUCUAAAAGACUAUGCUCUUCCUAAAAUCAACCACUUUCAACUGAAGGUCGCUACUGACGAGGAAACUGGUGCUGACAUUGUUGCAAAUGUUAAGGAAAUUCUUCCUGCCUCUUUUAACCCUGCAAAGAAGUACCCUGUUUUGUUUUUCGUCUAUGGAGGACCAGGCUCGCAAACGGUUACUAAGGCAUUCGCACUUGACUUCCAACGUAUAUUGUCUGGCCUUGAAGACAUUAUUGUAGUUUCAGUUGACGGAAGAGGUACUGGUUUCAUGGGACGCAAGUUCCGUACUGUUGUUCGUGACAAGCUUGGCCACUUUGAACCCCUUGAUCAAAUUACAACUGCUAAAUACUACGCUUCUAAACCCUAUGUCGAUGCCGAGCAUAUUGCUAUUUGGGGAUGGAGUUAUGGUGGAUAUAUGACGCUCAAGACUCUCGAAACUGAUGCCGGUCAAACUUUCAGAUAUGGAAUGUCAGUUGCUCCAGUCACUAACUGGAGGUUCUAUGACUCUGUUUAUACCGAGAGAUACAUGCACACCCCUCAGAACAAUCCUAAGGGUUAUGCUGAAGCCGCUAUUCACAAUGUGACUGCAAUUGCUCAGAACGAGCGAUUCCUACUCAUGCAUGGAACUGGUGAUGACAAUGUCCAUGUUCAAAACUCUCUUGUGCUACUUGAUCUUUUCGAUCAAAACAAUGUUGAAAACUACGAUGUCCAUGUCUUCCCAGACUCAGAUCAUAGUAUCUCCUUCAACAAUGCUAAUACUAUUAUCUAUGACAAGUUACACCAUUGGAUCACCAGUGCUUUCCAAGGCAAGUUCAAGACAAUCUUAUAA